CCACCCUGAACGCGGCACGCCCAAUGACAAAGCAACUUCAACGUUGCUGAAUCGCCGCAAAACUGAGAAGCCUGACUAUACAAGCCGCUAUAUCUGGUUCUCUCUUAUUUCCCCGAAACACUGGGUCUUCCCCGACUCUUCAUAUCCCUUUAUCUAGUCAACGAGUCUCUCAAAUUCUGUAACAGCAUCGGAAUGAAGAUAAGGACCGUCUUUGAUUUGUCAGGUGUUUUGAGUCUUCUUGGGAUGGGUGGACGUUGGAGAAUCAACCAGUUAAAGCUCCUCAUGGCGGUGUUCAUGGCGGUGAUAUCACUGUUUUUUAGGAGUCAAUGUUCGUCUCUGAACAGCGAAGGUUUGGCGUUGUUGAGGUUCCGGGACAGAGUGGUGAGAGACCCAUUUGGGGCUUUAUGGGAUUGGAAUGAGAAUUACGGAGGGGUCGAUCCUUGUGCUUGGUUCGGAGUGGAGUGGUCGGACGGGAAAGUGAUGACCUUGACUCUGAAAGAUCUUUGUCUUGAAGGAACAUUGGCACCUGAGCUUGGGGAGCUGGCUUACAUAAAAUCUAUGCUUAACUUCUACAGAAUUUUACGAAACAAUUCUUUUACUGGGAAUAUUCCAAACGAGAUUGGGAAAUUGAAAGACCUGGAGGUUUUGGACUUGGGAAACAAUAACUUUAGUGGACCGUUUCCAUCAGACUUCGGCAGUAAUCCUAUCUUGACUACACUUUUACUUGACAACAACAAGUUCCUUGGUACCAUCUCUCCUGAACAUUAUGAGCUGAAGACACUUUCUGAAUUUCAGACAGAUGAUAAUAAGCUAUUUGGUACUCCGAAGGCGUCCUGUAACAGUUUAUCUUUUGCUUGGAAGAAAGACAGGUUUGGCGAUGAAACUCACCGUAGGAUGCUGCAGGUAGUGGAUGAUGUCUCAAAUCCAUCCAGAGGCAAUGAAGACAACAAGAGGGCACUAUCAUCACCAUUACCUUCUCCCUUUCCUUCGCCAUCGGACUAUUUGCCUCCGUUAGGAUCACAGUCACCAUUUUCACAGUCUACAUCACCAUUGUCAAUUCCUCCAUCGGCAUCCUCAUUAGAGUCUCCAAUAUCCUCCCCAUCACAACCUCCUUUCAAUAUCUUCCUGACUCCAUCAACAUCACCUGUUGUUGCACCAACUCCUGCUUCAACAAUUCCAGAAAAUCCAACAGUAAUGGUAUCUGCACCAGCAGUUUCCCAUUGGGAUCCCAGUCGUUACCCUACUUCAAGUCCAAGCCAAGGGGUUAAACAGAAUUCUAAAACAAAGCGUGAUGUAGUUCUAAUAUGGGUUGGAAUUAUCGGAGGUUGCUUAUUUAUUUUGAUUUUAGCGAUCGGGCUUGUUUUUUGCAGAAGCAAUAAGGUUGUUACUGUGAAACCAUGGGCGACAGGGUUAAGUGGGCAGUUGCAGAAGGCAUUUGUAACAGGUGUGCCGAAGCUCAACCGACCAGAACUUGAAGCAGCUUGUGAAGAUUUUAGCAAUAUAAUUGGUUCUUUCUCAGAUGGAACUGUUUAUAAGGGAACUCUUUCAAGUGGAGUGGAAAUAGCUGUAACAUCUAGUGCAGUGACAUCUCCUGGAAACUGGUCAAAAAACUUGAAAGUCCAAUUCAGAAAGAAGAUAGAGACAUUGUCAAAAGUGAACCACAAAAACUUCGUGAACCUCAUUGGAUUUUGUGAAGAAGAGAAGCCAUUCACGAGAAUGAUGGUUUUUGAGUACGCUCCAAAUGGUACACUAUUUGAGCAUUUACACAUAAAAGAAGCAGAGCACUUGGACUGGGGAAUGAGACUCCGAAUAGCUAUGGGCAUUGCAUACUGUCUGGAAUAUAUGCACCAGUUGACGCCACCUAUAACCCACAAAAACCUACAAUCCUCCUCCAUAUACCUGACUGAAGAUUAUGCAGCCAAAAUAUCAGAUUUCAGUUUUUGGAAUCAUAUAACUGCAGCCAAGAGUGAAACAGAUGUUAUGGACCUUUCAGAAAUCCCAUCAGUGGAACCAGAAAGCAAUGUUUACAGCUUCGGUCUAAUCUUGUUUGAAAUGAUGACAGGAAGGAUUCCAUACUCUUUUGACAAUGGCUCUCUUGCAGAUUGGGUAUCAGACUAUCUAAAAGGAGUGCAGCACUCGAGAGAAAUGGUGGAUCCAACUCUAGAAUCUUUCCAGGUGGAUGAGCUUGAGCAAUUGUUUGAAGUGAUAAAAUAUUGUCUCCAACCUGAUCCAAAGCAAAGACCAUCUAUGAGUGAGAUCACAACUAAAAUGAAAGAUAUCACAGAAAUGGGGCCUGAUGGAGCAACACCAAAACUAUCUCCUCUGUGGUGGGCAGAGCUGGAAAUAAUGUCUACAGACUAGAGUUGAGAGUUGAAGUUGACACUUGAGUAGAUCUUGAAGUCUCCGUGUAUCCUUUUUCUGUUGAUUUUAGUUGGAGUGAAUUGCAAGGUAGAUGAGACGGUAAGAUAUUUGUGCAGAAGUAAGAACUGGCGGCGCAUGCUCCUGCUUGCGCUCUUGUUUUGUUCUUUUUUCAAUGUUUUUCACUUUUUUGGAUGUUCUAAGGUUGUACAACUUCACCAUAAGAGAUUAUGCCAUCAACCUCGACAUCAAUAAAUGUGGCUUUUCAAGAA